AUGGCAGAAGAACUUUUACAGGAGCUUGAUGAUCUGUGUUCGAAGCUAUUUUCUCCAAAAAUAGAUGAAUUGUCCAUGUUACGCUCGUAUCAGAACCAAAUAAUUUAUAACUUUGAUAAUUUCGAUUUAUUUAUUCAACUACUUACAGGACGACAAUGUGAAGAUCGUGUUAUUCUAUUUUUAAUCGACGCAAUUAAGAAACAAGUCAAAUUUUAUUAUUCAAACAUUGAUAUUUCUUCAGUAAUCCAAAGUAUCAUCAAUAUUCAGGAUAAAGAUAUAAUGAAUGGCAAGUUUUCAGAAAGUUUUGCUGAUCUUAUUGCAUUUUUAAUAUUGUUUCAAUAUAAUCUUACUGGAAACUUCAUUUUACCAGAAAUACAUAUACUUAACUUCAAAUUUCAACUAAUGAUGAACUUGAUAAAUUACUUACAGUCCGAUUCUUUUAAAUUUUGCCCAGAAUUACGUUUAAUCAAUGAAGAAACAAAAAAUCUACCGAAAUCAUUACGAAAUCCUGUUAAAAGGGACUACAAAUUCGAAAUGGCCGACCAUUUCCUCAAUAAUUACAUGAUUUCUUUUAUGGAUGAUGUUAUUUCAAUUUUAGAUCAAGAUUCUGUACUUGGAAUUCCUUUAUUGAACAAAACAUUGCUAUUUCAAAACAAACAAGAUGAAUUCGAUGCUUUUAUUAUACCUCCUGAAAUUUUAAUAAUUUUGAAACAGAGAUUAAUCUUCCAAGAACUGUAUAAUGACUUUCUUCGAUGUCCUCCUGACUUUUCAAAUGAAAUACUCAACCUUUGUUGCACUAUUUCACGUACUUUGUUUAGUUUUGAAGAUGAAGAAUUUGUUCAACAGAUGUUUCAAGUUUUUCUUACAUUUCUCAAUUGCGAUACAUUGUUUGCAUCAUAUAUGAGCAUUGCUUCGUUCGCAAAUUGGAUGUCUUCCCUUGAAAAUUUAAUAAAAGUGAUGAAUCUUGACGAAAUAAUGAAAGAACUUAUCAAUUUCGUAUACAAAAUGAAUAGAAUCAAUCCAAUCUUCUACAUUCCAUUGCUAAAAUCAAUGUUUCUCCUUUCAUCAAAAUCAUAUCAAAUUAAAAAUGACAGUUUAUCACUAGAUUUCAUUCAGAACGCUCUUGUUCAACUUGAAAUGUCGACAAUUGAGUCUAUUGGCCAGAUCUGGCAAACAGUUUUAUCUGAAUUGCAAGAUAACAAAUCCACAUUAUCUGAUACAAUUAGCGUUCUCUGGAAGACAUCAACAGUUGACUCGUGUAAUUAUUUGAUUGGUUGUUUCAAAGAAAUCAAUGUUUUUGACAGUUCAGAUUCAAAUUUUGUUAAAUCUUCAUUUAUUUUGAAGAUGUUUUACAUUUUUAUGGAAAACAAGAUCUAUAUAAAGUCAUAUGAGCACUUGGGAAUCAUCAUAAACCUGAUUUUGUGCUAUUCUCAAGCAAUAUUUCCACAAUUAAAAACUUUUAAAGAUACAACGGCCAAAACAAUUAAUGUUGAAAUUCUUUUGCAAAUUUACGCUCUUUUCUUCAAAAAUUAUCCAAAAUUUUCAGAAUUUUCUUUGAUAUCAAAAUUAACAUCAAUAAAUUGCUUUGAAGUAGCUAAUAUGAUGAUUAAAUUAGCAUUAGGAUCGAUAAUUAUUGGAAUUAAUGUCGAUUUAUCCAUUUUUAUCAUUGAAAAUUUUAUAACUCAACAAGAUUUCAAAAAUCUCAAUGAAAUACCAGCGUUACUACAAAAGUAUAUUGCAAGUAUUAAGUUAUCCAACUUAAAGAAGCCAGAUUUUACCAUUCUGGGCAUAAUUUACUUGAAUUUUCCUAAAUUUCAGGACCAAAUCAAUAAUUUGAUUCCAAAACUCCAGAAAACAGAUCUUCUAUCAAAGUCUAUUUAUUUCGGAAUCCGUGGAUCAAUUUUGUCAACGAUUCAAACUCCAUCGGACUGGAUUAAGUAUUGUUCGUCUUUUAUCAAUGACAUUAAGGAUAUUCCAUCUUUGUUUAGUGAUUGUGACGAAUUUCUGGUUAAAGAAUGUCGAAUUUUGCUGAGAUUUAUUAAAAUAAUUUGUAAAAACAUUCCUCAAUCGAAUGACUGGCCAUCAAGGAACAAAAUACGUUUCAAAUUAUUUUCUUACUUCAUGUACAUGAUUUCAGCCAUUUUUGAUAAAAUUUCGCCAAAAAUAUUAGAUGAAAAACACCAAAUUAACUCCAAACUGUUUUCUACCAUGAUCAAAUGCAUUGAAACAAUGAACUGUCUCAUUGAGUCACCAUUAGGAAACAUCGGAGCAAUGAUUUCUUUCGGAGAUCCAACUUUUGUUACUUUUGUUAAGAAUUUGGCAGAAACAGUUCUAGAUUUACCUAUAACUCAGAUUAGUUCUUAUUUCCGAUUCAAUUUUAGCUUUAUUACCUUUAUUUUUUAUGUUACAAAUUAUUGUGGAGGAAUUUUGCAAUUAUUACCUAAUGUAACAGUAAUAUUCCUCAGGUAUCUUCAAAUACCGUUCCAAAUACCUACGCAGGAGCUCAUUGACUCUGUUUGUUUGACAUUAAAUUCAUUUCUUCUAUAUAUCGAGCAAAAUUUGUUGAACAGCCAUUUCAUUAUGGCAUUAAACUCACUGGUGAACCUUAAAGAUAUAACAAAUGCUGCAAUUUUUAUUACAAAUUUUUGUAAUCGAGAUUCAACUUUUGUUAUUGAAAUUGCAUCCAAAUAUGCGAUGCAUUUCAAAGAAAAAUCUUAUCAGAAAAUAGUUAGAUCUGUUUUCAACCAUUUAUUUGAAGGAGAUGAAGGAGAAGUUGAUGAUGACGGGAAUUUAGUCCAAUUCCUUGCUUUAGAACAAUUUGUUAUAGGAAUGAGAAAUAUAGGCAUGCCGCUGGAUGCGAUAGACGAUCUUUCUCCUUAUUUCGAAAUAUUAAAUAUCGUUUCACAGCCAAAUCAAUAA